CUGGCGCUGCUGGGCCUGGCCGAGCACUUCCGCACGUCGAGCCCGCCCAAGGUGCGGCUGUGCGGGCACUGCCUGCAGGCCGUGCUGCCGCGCAAGCCGCCCGCGCGCAUGGAGGCCCGCACGCACCUGCAGCUCGGCUCCGUGCUCUACCACCACACCCGCAACGGCGACCAGGCGCGCGGCCACCUGGAGAAGGCGUGGCUGAUUUCGCAGCAGAUCCCGCAGUUCGAGGAUGUUAAGUUCGAGGCGGCGAGUCUCCUGUCCGAGCUCUAUUGCCAGGAGAAUUCGGUGGAUACAGCGAAGCCUCUGCUCCGCAAAGCCAUCCAGAUCUCGCAGCAGACCCCGUAUUGGCACUGUCGGCUCCUCUUUCAACUUGCACAACUACAUACACUUGAAAAAGACUUAGUAUCUGCGUGUGACCUCCUAGGAGUCGGAGCAGAAUAUGCUCGGGUGGUGGGGUCAGAAUACACCAGAGCACUAUUUCUGCUAAGCAAAGGGAUGCUUCUCCUGAUGGAACGGAAGCUUCAGGAAGUGCACCCUCUCCUUACCCUCUGUGGGCAGAUAGUUGAGAACUGGCAAGGAAACCCCAUCCAGAAGGAGUCUCUGCGCGUGUUCUUCCUGGUGCUGCAGGUGACGCAUUACCUGGACGCCGGGCAGGUGAAGAGCGUGAAGCCGUGCCUCAAGCAGCUGCAGCAGUGCAUCCAGACCAUCUCCACGCUGCACGACGACGAGAUUCUGCCCAGCAACCCUGCAGACCUCUUCCACUGGCUGCCCAAGGAGCACAUGUGCGUCCUCGUGUACCUGGUGACAGUGAUGCAUUCCAUGCAAGCAGGGUACCUGGAGAAGGCUCAGAAGUACACGGACAAAGCACUCAUGCAGCUGGAGAAGCUCAAAAUGCUGGACUGCAGUCCUAUCUUGUCGUCUUUCCAAGUCAUCUUGUUGGAACAUAUUAUCAUGUGCCGGCUUGUCACAGGCCACAAAGCCACAGCGCUGCAAGAGAUUUCACAGGUGUGUCAGCUCUGCCAGCAGUCUCCCCGGCUGUUCUCCAACCACGCUGCCCAGCUGCACACGCUCUUGGGGCUCUACUGCAUUUCUGUUAAUUGCAUGGACAAUGCAGAAGCACAGUUUACUACAGCAUUAAGGCUCACUACGCACCAAGAGCUGUGGGCAUUUAUUGUGACAAACCUGGCCAGCGUGUACAUCAGGGAAGGCAACCGGCACCAGGAGCUUUACAGCUUACUGGAAAGGAUAAAUCCAGACCAUAAUUUUCCCGUGAGCUCUCACUGUCUUCGAGCAGCAGCUUUCUACAUCCGAGGUCUGUUCUCCUUCUUUCAAGGAAGAUACAAUGAGGCAAAACGAUUUUUGCGAGAGACACUGAAAAUGUCAAAUGCAGAAGACUUGAAUCGAUUAACAGCAUGUUCUCUUGUACUCCUGGGUCAUAUAUUCUAUGUAUUAGGGAAUCACAGGGAAAGUAAUAAUAUGGUAGUACCAGCCAUGCAGCUUGCAAGCAAGAUACCAGAUAUGUCUGUGCAGCUCUGGUCUUCAGCUCUGUUGAGAGAUCUGAACAAGGCGUGUGGAAACGCGAUGGACGCGCACGAGGCCGCACAGAUGCACCAGAACUUCUCCCAGCAGCUCCUCCAAGACCACAUCGAAGCGUGCAGUCUUCCAGAGCACAAUCUCAUCACGUGGACGGACGGACCUCCUCCCGUACAGUUCCAGGCACAGAACGGACCCACCACCAGCCUGGCCAGUCUCCUGUGAAACAGUAACUGUCAGGACAGUGUGU